AUGAAGGCUUCUAGGUCAACUCUUCUCCACCUGCUGCUCCUUACGCUUCUUUCAACACUAUGCCAAGCACUAUCUAUCACAGAUGCUGUGACGCAGCUUCCUCAAUGUGGACUACAAUGUAUUGCCCGGGGCGUCACAACCUCGCCUUGUCACGACCUCACAAACACGGAUUGUCUAUGUACCGACACCGACCUAUACAACCAAGCACAGACGUGCGUUCUUACCAACUGCACCGGCCCCGAUGCUCUAAGGAGACUUCAGGCCGAGGUGUGCCAGAGGCCUCUGAGGUUGAGAAAAGUUGAACUACACGCCAUGAACGCACUGCAUGGGGCGGCAAUUUUGGUCAUCUGUCUACGGCUUUACGGCCGGCGGUAUACCUUGAAAACAUUUGGAAAAGACGAUUGGGUGGCUCUGGUGAUACUUGUCUUCUACUUUGGGGAGACGGUCUACGUAUUGCUCCUUGGCCUCAGCAAAAUCUCAAUGCUCUUCUUCUUCCUCCGCGUGUUCCCGUCCCCGAAUUUCAGGAGACUCGCCUACAUAACGAUCGGGUUGCUGAGUUUGUCGACGACGGCCUUGGGCAUGGCGCAGAUCCUGCAGUGCAUCCCGGUGAACAAAGCCUGGUACGGCUGGCAGGAACCGGGAUUCCUGGUGAAUGGAGGGUCCAGCAGCUGCAUCAACUUGAACACGCUGACGUAUGCGUCGGCUGGAGCCAGUAUCAUCUUCGACGUCGUCAUCCUGCUGCUGCCGCUGCCCAUCAUCAUCAGGCUUGACGCGACGCGGCGGCUGCGGGCCGAGAUUGCCAUCAUGCUGAGUGUUGGAGUCCUGGUGCUCAUCACGAGCUGCAUCCGCAUGCGCUACAUUGCAGUCUUUGCAGACAGCACCAACCCGACCUGGGACGCCACCGACGCCAUCCUCUGGUCAGGCAUUGAGAUCUCGGUCGCCGUCAUCUGUAUCAGCCUUCCGGCCAUCCGCGCCUUGUUCCGCAGCUUCUUCAGAGCUCGGACCGCCGAAUCUUCCCUCUUUAGGAGGUCUCGGCGGUUCUCCAUCAACAGCGACGCCGGUGUUGUUCCAGACCAGCCGCAGCACAAAAAGGAGACUAGACUGGAGAGCAGCAGCACGACGGGGAAUCAGGAUAUGCGGGCGCGGGUCGAGGAUCUGAGAGCAGAGUUUGGCGACGAUAUUGCUCUGGAAAUGACGAGCGGGCCUCAUGCGAGGGCGAUUGACAGGAUAGUUUAG